UCAUCACAACACGUUACAUCCUGCCUGCCAUUGUGCUUCUCACCACUGUUAGUCAUUUCCUACACUCUCCACUCGCGCUUGGUUCUUCAUUGCCACCAUGGUGUCUACGCGCUCACAUCCCCAAGGCGACUUCCCCGCCACCGAACCUUCGCCCGUUAAGAAGGCGCCACGGUCGCGGACUUCGACUGCGUCCCCGGCACCCAUAUCUUCCCCGGACCUUGACUCCCCACCAUCGGCAAAGUCGCUUGCCAGACGCGCAGUUUCCAAUGCCAAAACCGAGAUCAGCCCUCCCUCUCCAUCCGAGAUCGACGAGCCGGCCUGGUGCCACACAGCGUCAAAUCUCACUAUAGUGUGGCUCGCCAUAUCCAUGCCUCUCGUGCUAUGGGACUCCCUGUACAUCCUUUUGCGCCCGCACACUAUGGCUGGCGGUGCACUUCAGUGGCCAAUCUGGAAACCGUAUGAAAUCUAUGCCUCGAUUGAUCACGUAUACGGAUGGCCCGGGUGGGAAAACAACGAUGGAUUUGGUGGCGCGCAAGGCUUUCUGAACGCUAUCGAACUCGUGCUGUAUGGACUUUAUGCCAUGAUCAUCUAUAACCAUGGUGUGCCCACGACUGGAGGCACUGGGCUGCAACUCAGUGAGGGCGUAAGCAAGUUCCUUGCCGGAGGCCGGAAGGUACGCGGGAAGAAUGGGAAUCGCGCGCUGAUUAUCGGCUUCGCUGCUGCGGUUAUGACUCUCAGCAAGACAGUACUAUAUUACUUCAACGAGUAUUUCUCUGGCUUCGCAAAUGUCGGCCAUAACGACUGGGCUACGCUGCUGUUCUUCUACGGUAUCAUGAAGUGAGUCGAACUGUUUUUCCGCCUGCGCUUAGCGUCUGAAGUGACAGGAACGCUGAUUCGUUCCGCAGUGGUCUUUGGGUAAUUUUCCCAGCAUAUAUGACUGUCGUCUUCGGUACCGAUAUCCUCCAGGCGCUCGACAUUGCAACUGAGUCUUCGUCCAAGAAGCGUUAUUAGCUUGAAUCUUGAGGAAGCUGUUCACACAUACCAAC